GCACUUGUAAAUGUCCCUGAUUUGACGUGCAAUGGAGGAUAAACCAGGAUCAUCGCGCAACAUACUACCUGCUAGUAUGUUUUAUUCCAAAGCAGCAAAACCCAUUGUAUUGAGAGAAAAACGCAUGGAGAGAAUGAUAGUAUCAGAAGAUUUUGACAGUGAAUCAGAUGGGUUGGAUCUAUCUGAAGAUGACGACAUAGAAGAUCCUACUUAUAUAUCUAUUCUAUCUGAUGAUGAGGAUGCAAUCCAUGAUGAAGAAGAAACUGUAGUCUUGCAUAUUGAUGACGUAGGCGGAAACAAUAAUGAUCCACAAAUGGAAAGACCAAAGAGGAAAAAACGAAAAUCUAAUUAUACCUGGAAUUCUGUAACAGGAAAUCAACCUCCAAAAGAAACUCCUCCUCUUUUGGACAUACCUAUCAAUAGAUGA